AAGUUCCUUCACAAACGCAACGAAUCUUGCAACUCUGCUGAGAAUAUUGCCCAUCGUCCAUUCAUCGAUCUAUCCUCUCCGGUUCUUACGCCUCGCCUAUCAUGGCUAAGCUUGAGCGUGUGCUGCGCAUGUCAGGGAUCUCUUACCGUAAAGAGGGUGUUUCUGAAGAGGAAUUCCAUCGCUUCUCUAGAUCCCAUGCCGUUGCAUGCGCGAAGAUCCAUGAGAAACAUGGCAUUUUGAAAUACCAGAUGGCCUACAGCUCUUCCAGUCUCCAAGCUUUGGGUCACAGCAUGAGAACACCUUACCAGGUGAAUAAGCACGACCUUGAGAUAGAGUACUAUUUCAAGGACGUCGCGACACUCCUUGCUAUAUCCAAUGACGAAGAAUUCAAAAACCUUCACGUCGAGGCCGAACCCUACUUUGACCAAGAUAGAUCCAAGGUCACCCUGACAUGGAUUGAAACCUAUGUAGAAAAUGGGAAAAUCGUGAACAUUAAUUCAGAAGGGGAAAGCCUUUACGCCUCUGUCGCUAGUCUUGCCAAAGUUGAGGAAUCAGAGAAGCCGGUUGGCAAGUAUUAUGGGAAAUGAUCUAUGUAAUUAGUCUCUCACAUUAUGCAUGAAUGCAUGAUCAAACUAUUCUCAAGAAGCAACUCUUGACCUAGUGACUUGCGGGCACAAAUGCGGGGGAUAAAAAUCGGGGAAAUUCACCUAUACCACCUCUGUAAAUGGGGUCAUAGCGCCGAGCUAACCUACGCAAUAACGCAAGAAGCAAGAACCAAAAAAAAAAAAAAGGUCCUCGUCAACGAUAA